AUGGCUCCUCGGUGCUCUCGCCCGCUCGACCCGAUCCCGGCCGGUGUCGACCUCCUCAGCUCGGCGUAACAGCAGCAGCGCCCGGAGCUCACUUGGGGCGCUCCCCUCCUCCCUCUCGACCCCACAAGACAUGACCCACGCACGAGAAUGGAUCGCCCGUUUCUCCUCCGCGCCAAUCUCCGCCUUCCCCAAAGGUAACUUCAAUCUGUGCCCCACCGUUCCCCCCCUCUCUUUACUCACCCUACGUCGCCGCACCCCUCGCCCCCACACAGACUCCCUCCUGAUCAGCUUCUCACGUUCGUCCGGCCCGGGCGGGCAGAACGUCAACAAGCUCUCCACGAAAGCGCAUCUCCGCCUCUGCCUCUCCCCUCCCCCACCUUGGCUACCCCCUUACCUCCUACCUACCCUACUCGAUUCCCCCUCUUACGUGUCCACCUCCCCCUCGGGCCUCUUGCUCUCCAGUUCGAAUACGCGUUCCCAAGCGCAGAACGUCGAAUUGGGGAUCAAGAGGAUCAAGGAAUUGAUUCUAGAAGCUGCGCGAGUCGGUUUGAAGGGGGACACGUCCGAGGAACAGCAGGAGAGGGUCAAGGCUUUGGAGAGGAGGGAGAGGAGCAAGAUGCUCAAGGUGAAGAAGCAGAGGAAGGAUGUCAAGGGGGGCAGAAGGACGCCCAAGCUUGGGUUCGAGUGA